AUGGCCGAAUACGACUUAUCGAAGACCAUUAUUCCAUAUCUCGACAGACAUCUGUCCUUUCCUCUCUUAGCCCAUCUUGCAGAAAUUACCUUAUUUCCAGCGGAACAAGUCCAACUCGCCCAAUAUGAAUUAGCCAAGGGCACCAACAUGUUCGACUAUGCUGUGUCACUAUUCCGGCAGAUUUAUCCAGGAAAAGAGAUCCCUUCAGAGUUCGAUGAAAAGCGAACCAAUGCUGUUUCUACCAACGAGAGGUUGCAACAAGAGGCUCAGGCCGUAUUGGAUGUUAUCGAAAACCCUGAUGUAGCACAGGCUUUGCGACAGGACAAGAAUCAGAACUUGCAGUACCUAAAGGACAACUACAACCUCACCUUGGAACAAAUCACUGCAUUGUACAACUUUGGCCAGUUCCAGUACUCAUACGGAAACUACAGCGGUGCUGCAGACUACCUAUAUCACUUCCGUGUGCUCUCCACCGACAAUGACCUUAACACAUCAGCGCACUGGGGCAAGCUUGCCUCGGAUAUCCUCACCGGUCGAUGGGACGUUGCUCUCGAAGAACUCAACACCCUGCGUGAUGCUAUCGAUUCACGAAGCCCCGCAUCGCUCCUUAACAUACCCGAACCAGCUCUCGGGCAGUUGCACUCUCGUACAUGGCUCGCUCACUGGUCACUCUUCGUGUAUUUCAACCACCCAGAAGGCCGAACUCUUCUUCUCGAAACAUUCCUCUCACCCACUUACCUCAACACCAUUCAAACGUCGUGUCCAUGGAUCUUGCGCUAUCUCGCCGCUGCCGCCAUCCUUUCGCGCAAGGCCGCAGCCGGUGUAGCUGUCGGUGGAGCUGCGGCUACACCGCUGUCAUCCCGUGUUCGUCAUGCCAUCAGGGAGGUAGUGAAGGUCAUUCAGACUGAGGAGUACCAGUACAACGACCCAGUAACUUCUUUCCUCAAGGAAUUGUAUAUCGAGUUCGACUUUGAGGCUGCGCAGCGGGAAUUGACGCUGGCUGAGGAGGUUGUUGGAAACGAUUUCUUCUUGAACGAAUUCAAGGAAGAAUUCUUGGAUAAUGCCCGAUAUCUUAUCAGCGAGGCUUAUUGCAGAAUUCACCAAAAGAUUGACAUUGCUAAUCUCUCUGAACGCCUUAACCUGUCACAGGAGGAGGGUGAAAAGUGGAUCGUCAACCUCAUCCGAGAGACACGCAUGGGUGCUGACGCCAAAAUCGAUUUGGAGAAGAAUGUUAUCGAGAUCAACCGUCCAGCUCUGCCCGUGUAUCAAUCCGUCAUUGAAAAGACUCGCCAGCUCGCCGUGCGCACGCAGGCCCUGGGCGUCACCAUUACCCGCGCCGGCCAACAGGCCCAGCAGCAGCCCAAGCAGGAUACCAGAGAGCAGGUUCCUGUUGCUUGA